AUGGGAAGUGGCGCGGUGCUCGAAGUCAGAGGGGACUUGGUGGUGAUCCAAUGCCGCGGCGAGGUGCUAGAGUGCUCUACGGAGGACAUCCAGGUGCUGUCCCAGAAGACGAUCUCGGGCAUCUUGCUCACCAAUGCGGUAACCAUGGAAAGCAGCGACGUAGCGAGGGUGUUUGCAAACUUCUCGCGGAUCAACCACUCCUGUCGUCCCAAUGCCCGGGCGCUUCAAGAGGAAAGUAUGCGAGGAGUCUUCACCACCGUGCCUGUUGCUGAGGGUGAGGAGAUAUGUGUUUCGUACUUUGAGGAGGCAGGCUGCUUGCCAGCCGAGCGACUGCUUCUGACGGCUCAGCUGCUGGACGUGGGUCCCGCGACUCUGCAUGCGGCUUUCGUGCGACAGCAGCUCUAUUCGAAGUGGGGAUUUUGGUGCCAGUGUGCCCGAUGCGAGCCACUUGCAGACGCUGCAGAUGGUGCUCUGGAGCAGCUCAGCUAG